AUGGCUUCCUCCACAACCCAAAACCUGACACAAGUGGUGAAGCUCGAUACAGAGGAAGAUGUCGCCGUGGCCCUAGCUGAGUACACCGCCGAUCUUUCUAAAAAGUUCAUCAAAGAAAAGGGUUCGUUCUCCGUCGUCCUCUCCGGCGGAACCCUAAUCGAGACACUCAGGAAGCUUGUAGAGUCUCCAUACAAGGAAUCUGUGGAAUGGUCGAAAUGGCUGAUAUUUUGGGUUGAUGAGAGAGUUGUUCCUCUGGAUCAUGAAGACAGCAAUUACUUGCUAGCCUCCAGAGGUUUUCUUUCCAAGGUACCCAUUCCCCCUAAGAACAUUUUCGCCAUAAACGACAAGAAGUCUCCGGAAGGUGCAGCUGAGGACUACGAAAACCGCCUCAAACAGCUCGUUUCUCAAAAAAAACUGCCCACUUCAAACAUAACGGGGUUCCCAAAGUUCGACCUAAUGCUACUUGGAAUGGGUCCCGAUGGCCACGUGGCAUCUCUUUUCCCGAACCAUCCUCAACGCCUCGAAAAGUCAAAAUGGGUCACGUUCAUAACCGACUCGCCCAAACCGCCCCCUCCGAGGAUCACCUUCACAUUUCCAGUUAUAAACUCUGCCUCCGAAAUCGCCAUGGUGGUCACCGGUGCCGAGCUGGCAGGUACGGUUAAGACAGCAUUAUGUGCAGGUUGUGUUGGUUCGGGGGGAGUCCCUCUGCCGAGUAUGGAAGUUUCUCCCGAAGGGCAAUUAACGUGGUUUUUGGAUCGAGAUGCUGCUUCUCAGAUGUAA